AUGGGUGAAGAUGGACACUUCGCCAUCAAAUCACACAUCGACUUCUGGCCAGUUGUGGCCAUGUCAGAAUGGCUGGUCCGUAGCCCCACCCCAGACUGGAAGUCCUCCAAAGCCAGCCUGCCACCCCUUACCCAACCUCCAGCUGAGGGAGGAGACCCCAGCCAUCCUCCAGAUAUGGGACAGAGCCCGACCCAGGGGUCAUGGAGUACACGCCCCAUCCAGAGGUGUCCAGCCCCCCCUGUCUGGUCCCAGUCCCCCUCCUCCCCAGUCCAGCCAGCCUGGUCUCCCUCCUCCCCAGUACAGCCAGGCUGGUCUCCUUCAUCCCCUGUCCAGCCAGGGUGGUCUCCCUCCUCCCCAGUCCAGCCCGCCUGGUCUCCCUCCUGCCCUGUCAAGCCAGGCUGGUCUCCCUCCUCCCCAGUCCAACAGCAACCUCUUCUGGCCUCCCCUCAACAGCCAUACACUGGUGCUGGCUACGCUCCUGACACAGCAUCCCAUCCUUGCAGAGGACAGUCUCUAGAGGAGGCCUCUACACAUCCGCCGUGUCUGUCUCCAGGAGAGACAGGGGUCACCUCCAGUCCCAGUUCCGAGUCCCGCUACGGUCUUCAGCCUCAGCUGUUACCCAGCGCUGUGAAGGUGAUGGAGGAUGACAGGGCAGAGUGGGAGGGGAGGGUGUUUGUGUCAGAGCUUGGCUCUUCUCUCCCUCCCCUGGCUACCACUGAGUGCAUCACAGAAGACAGGGGUAACGCCAGGCCAGGCUACAUGCGGGCGACCUCCUACUGUGUCCCCUGUGAGGGCCCCAUGGCCCUGCUCAGCCACCUCCCCUUGGGGGCCCUGGUCACUCCCCUGGCCCUGCCUGGGCCGCAAGAGCGUCCCCUGCCGGUGAGCAGUGAGGGGGAGUGUGUGCGAGGCUGUGGGGCGUGUGGGGCCUACAUGUGCCCAGCUGUGACCUGGCAGGACUGUGCCUUCUGGAAACUGGCCAUUAAUUUGAUACUGUAUCUGGACAAUAAUGCCCAGGAAUCUCUCUUCCAGCCUUUGGAUUCCGAUGUCUCAUUGGCUAAGAAGUGUGUCAACCAGGGCUGUGGCCUCCACCUGUUUGCCUUCUGCCAGCAGGAUGUGGGUGGAGCUUGGCCAGGACACGUUCCAUACCUGACAGGUGGAGCUCUCCGCUCGUACGACAGCCUCUUGGGGGAGCUGGAGAGGGAACGCUUCGGCAGGGACUUGAGGAUGAGUGUGGAGACAGAGACUGGGUACCGGGCCCAAAUCAAGAUCUUCGUCAGUAAAGACAUGCGUGUGUCGGGCUGUUACGGUUCCUUCGUCCCUGGACCUAGCCCCAGUAAGGUCGCCCUGGCAACUCUUGAUUGGCGGACGACUUUAGCCAUUGAGCUGUCUCACAGCAGAGCUGUGGAGGAGAAGAGGGGCGUGGUCAUACAGGUGGUCCUGUCCUACACCAGCGAGCGAGGCGAGCGGAGGACGCGGGUCCAUACCCUGACCCUGCGCUGCUCACGCCACCUGCUGGACACCUUUCGCCACUGCCAGGCCCAGUCGCUGCUCACCUUCUACUGCAAGAAGAUGUACUGCUCAGCGCUGGAGCGCCCCCUGCAGGAGCUGAGAGAGGAACUGCAGACGGAGGUGACGGAGGCGCUGGCCUGCUACAGGAAACACUGCAGCUCCACCUCCGUGUCCCCGGGUCAGCUGGUGCUCCCCCAGCACCUGCGGGUCCUGCCCGUCUACAUCAACAGCCUGAGGAAGAGCGAGGUGCUGCUGCCGGCCCAGCGCUGCUCCGUGCACACACGCCUGGCGCUGCGCAGCCAGCUGGUCGCCAUGGACACCGCCUCCACCGCACGCCACUUCUACCCCCUGCUCCUGCCGCUGCAGACAGGUUGCGGUGACAUCGCUGGUGAUGCCAGCGGCCCCAGCCUGGGGCCGGCCCUGCGCUGCUCCGGAGCCAGCCUGGGGCCGGCCCUGCGCUGCUCCGGAGCCAGCCUGGACCCGGGGGGGCUGUACCUGGCCAGCUCCCCCCUCAGCCUGCUGCUCUGGGUGGGCCACGCCGUCCCCUCACACGCCCUGGGCCUGCUGUUCAACACGCGCUGCCUGGCAUCCCUGCCCUCUGGAGAGACGAAGCUGCCUGUCCUUGACAACCCUCUCUCCAUCAGCGUGAGAUCUCUCCUCCAGACGCUGGGCUCUCAGGGGCCCUCAGCCCUCAAGCUGGUGGUGGUGAAGCAGGGGGACAGUGGUGAGGAGUCCCUGCAGAGCCUCCUAGUGGAGGACAAGAGUCCCAAUGGCGGCGCAUCAUACGCAGACUUCCUCUACCACCUCCAUGUCAACUCCCUCAGACUGCUGGUCUGAGCCCACAGUGUGUGUGUGUGUGCGCGUCUGUGUGUGUGUGUGUGCGUGUCUGUGUGCGCGUGCGUGUGGUGAUAGUACUGCCCAUAACUGUCCUCUUCCGUCUCUAAGGACUGAAACAUGUUCUUGAUAUGUUAAUUUAUUCUACUGUCAUGGCAACUCUCUAAUCCCUGUCUGAGGUGUACUGUAGUGUGUGUGUGUCUAAGAGAGAUGUGUGUGUGUUCUCUACUGAUCAAAAUAAAGGUUGACUUGA